GUUCCGUGCAACGUAUAGAGAACAUUCUUCUCUGGAACGCCUUAAGUAAGGGGUUAUAAUUUAAUUUUAUAAUGUCGAAAUUAAUAGAAGAAGUAAUAAAAGCUGUUACCGAUGUAGUCCACGUAAAGAAUUGGACUAAAUAUCCUGAAGGAUAUAAUCGGGCGCAACAUGGACCAUAUAAUCCUGGUCGAUAUUAUGGAAAGCCUGAUACACCAUUUAGUGAAGUCAAACUUAAUGAAUUAUUUGACUGGUUCAAGCGACGCGACUUUGGAUUUAAACAAACCGCGAGCUUAUUUUCUCGAGCUCACUGGCGUUGGCAACUAAAAUAUGUUCAACCUAGAAAAGCAGGAAUAACACCACUCUAUCAAGUUUGUGCAUUUGGUUUAGUAUCUGGAUAUAUUAUGAAUUAUGGGCGCAUUAGGGGACAUAGACAUUAUGAAUAUCAUUAAAGUGCCAUCUACUAAAAUAUAUUCGAUAAAACUAAAAUUCUAUCGUAAUGUAUUAGUA